UGCGCACCCUGGAAAAAGACACGUUCAUGAAGCCACGAAAGAUUCGCAGAAAACGUUAUCGUAAAAACCCGCCCGGCUGCGCUGAAACGGCCUCACGACUGGUCUGGCCCUCUGCUGAAGAUGGAGACUGUGGGAAGGCUUGUGCCAGCUGGUUCUGGCUGCGGCUGCCCUGGGUCAGCGCGCUGGCCCGGUGGCCGACCCACGCCUAUGCAGGGUGGGCCGUGUUGGAGGUGAUGUCAUCCGACCUACAGAACUUUGAACGCCCCAGCCACAUAAACUUCCUCAGCUUCGACAGAGAAAAAGGAGCAACUGUAUUGGCCGUGUCCCAAGAUGAGCUGCCUCACUUUGCACAGAAACUAGCGGAUGAGGGCGUGGCUUUCGAGGUCCAGAGUCGAGAUCUCUCUCAAUUGCUGUUGACCCCUCUUCCUUAUGGCCAAAUAGUGGAACUCCCGAAGGGCGUCGUUACUUUUGAUCGCUACAUGAACUACAAAGAAGUAAGCACAUCAUAUUUAUUUUUGUAUUUGUGUUCAAAACAAAGUCUUCCCUCAUCUCUUUGUUUCUUCUGCCAACUGGUCGUCAUAACAGAAACAAAGUAA